AUGGGCCGACAGGCUUACUUGAACCGCCUCGCUUUGCUACCGUGGACCCUUCGAAUCCGGUCCGGAGGGGGGUCGAGUGUCUAUGCGGAUGAUUAUAUGCAGCAGUAUGAUGCUCGGGGUCAUCCAGUCAACCCAGAAUCCAAAGCUCUUGCCAGGGAACUACGAAGGGCCAAAAAUGACAUUCUCUCUACCAUGGGAAUUGUCGUCAGUGGCGAGGAUCGCAAUGCAAGCCCUUCUGACGAGCAGCAAAAAAUCAACCAGAUCGCCGCCGAGAACGAUUUCGGCCUGGUGAUCACCACUUUUGAUCAGAUUUUUGCCCUUUUCGGCAUUUGGUGGUCCUCGUCUUUGACUGGAAGAAUUCAGACAUACAAGCAUUAUGCCCACGCGGCUCUGCUUGACGUGAUUCGGUUAGAGCGUGGCGCAACAGGCAUCCUCGGCUUCUACUUUGCUGGUAUUCCUGCCUGGGCUGUGUCCGGCGGGUUAUCCAUUAUCAGCGAGAAUCCUUUGAGUCGUCUGUUUGCCACAGCGCGGAACUAUGUGCUAUACUUCACAGGCACCGAUAAGCUCUCCCUUGGAGCCCGAUCUCUGUUUAUACUCACGGCCUCAGCAGUAAGGAGCGCAGUCCUGCUUCUUUCUGUUGAGGCCUACAUGUACUCUAUGCUCCAGUCUCUCGCCCUCAUACCCCCGAACUCAAUACCCAGCGCUCGUCUUUUGAUUCCAUACGGCAGAGAGUCCUUGAUUCAGUUUCCGCCGCUACCUACUGAUCUUUCUUUUUCAUCUAUUGGUGGAUUUGUCGUACGACUCUUAUUGUCACCUGAUGCCUUGAUUUACUUCCAUGCUUUCUAUCUACGUCCAGCUCUUGAAGAACGGAUCUACAGAUUAAUCCGUCGUCAACUGCCUAAGCCAAUGCUGGCCGACGAACUUUCAAUCCGUGUUGCGUACGACGAAAACCUCAUUGACUGGGUCGUUCCUACAUUAGGGCGUCGUUCGGAGGAAGAGACUCGGCGUGCGAGGCUUCCUCUGCUGGAAGAUAUCAAGUGCGAACUAUGUAGUUUCCGGGGAUGGAUACUCUCCUUCUUUGGCCUUAUUUCAAGUCCUGCAUCAGAGCAACAGGGUCCCGAAGCGCUCAAUCAAGAGAGAAUACAAAACCUUCGACACUCAAUCGAAUCUCUGCAGCAUGAGCUUGAAGAAGUUCAACUACGCAACAACCUUGCCGGAGAGACAUCCGAUACCGCUCUCAGCAGACUUUCUGGUGCUCUUGCACGCACGACUACGGUUGAUAUGAUGCGACUUGAUCUGCCAACCAUCUCAGAAGAUGAUCACGUGAUCGAAUCAGAGUUGGAUCUGGGCAUCAAUCAAGUCCUCACAAACGAGAAUCGGAUCUCACAAUCUCCUGGGGAGAUGAGUAUUGAUUACUUCUCUGAAAUGGCCACUCUAGGUCGGACGAGCGCACUGUCUCCAGCCUCCAUAUCGCAAAGCUCUCCAAGCAAUACUCAACAAGCGGAAAGCGCAACUAGCACGACGCGAAAUCGACAUAGUUCUCGUGCCAAUACUCUCUUUUCUCGUCCAUCAUCCCCAGAAACAUCCCCGCCCACUUCGCCGCGGGUCAGGGCCUCGUUGAUUCACCAGAGCUCUGACAUUAUCACAAUGCAGCUAGAACUUCUAGGCAGCCGGAGCCGCAACUCUCAAGAUCAAACUCCAAACCGAAACUCGUCCACUCCAAGAUUAGGUCGUGGAACCACAGGGCUGCGCCCUACUUCAACCGCCAUGGAUCGAAGAUCAAUUGCUGACUUCCUUGAAGCGCUGAUCUUGAGUCAAGCCCAGCACCAGGCUUCACAAUCGCCGUUGACGCAAGAGCAUGAUGAACUCGCGAAUAUGAAUGCCGGUGGAAGAGGUACAACAUCUCAAGAUGUGCCUGAUUUUGUGCCAAUCCGCCAAAGCCAAGCCCAACGAAGUCUAGCUGCUAACCAACCCGCUCCUGACCUUACCGAUGAAGCUCCAAUUUCCAACAUCCCCCAUCUACUCCCAGAUGGAGUUGAAGAACCAGCCGAGGAAGAAGUCGAUGGGCAACCAUCAUCAACACAAAAUGCAGAAACUCAAACAGCCCCUGGCGGUCAACUUCCUCCAAUUGGCUCCCGUAUUCCAGGGCAAGCAGUUGCGAAUAAUCUGUCUGGCGCUCAUCGAGUUACCCUGCUCUCUGCUCACCCCGUGGACUCCCUCUCCGCUCACCUUGCCGCAUUCAUCAGCAGCAUCAUUCUUUCACCAGUCGAGUCCCUCUGUCUCCGAUCAUUGGCGCAUUCAUAUCUAGCCUCGCAUCCCUCAGGGGUCAUCGGAGCAUCAGACCUCCAUCCUGUUGGUUUGUGGUUUGGCGGUGAUUCGUGGCCUAACAUCCUUGCAUACAGCGGCAGGAUGAUUCUCAUGCGAGGGAUGCAAGCUGCCUUGAGAGCCGGCAUUUGGGGAUUCUUGGUUGGCUCAACGAUGAGAAUAGGACGGAAGUUUUGCGGUUGGGGCACUUUGUGA